UUACAUAAUGCUGUAAAAAAUUCACAUGAUGAUUUACCAAUUGAUAUUGAAACAAUUCUUUGUAAAGUGUAUUCUUAUUUUUCAAGAUCAGCAAAACUAGUUGAAAACUUAAAAGAAUAUUUUGAUUUUGUGCAAUAUGAUUUUCAUGUAAGUUAUUAAAUAUCGUCUGUGAUAUACAAUGAGCAAACUGUCUACAAGAAUUGAAUGUUGUUUUUUCUUAAGGUUUUGUUAAAACAUAUAACCACAAGAUGGUUAAGUUUGCUGCGAUCAAUCGAACGUUUACUUGAUCAAUAUGAACCAGUUAAGUUGUUCUUUCUAAAUGAAGGAACAUCGACAAAAGUGCAACAACUUUUGAACUCUUUUUUCUCCAACGAUGAAAGUCAAUGUACUUUAUAUUUCUUACAAAAUGUUCUUUUUGAAAUUCAAAAAGCUGAAUUGCAAUUGCAACGGUCAUAUACAACAGCAGUUGAUCUUUAUUCUAUUGUUACCAAGCUAAUCGACAAAUUACAACAGAAGCUAUGCGACAAAUACUAUGGUCAUAAUACACAAUUAUUAUUAGAUCGUUUGAAAGAAACCAAUGAAAUUAAAACUGAAGAAUUAAUAAAAUCAUUUGAUGCAUUUGUUCAGUCAGUCAUUGAUUACAUUAAAUCUUAUUUUGAUGACCACAGUGAAUUGUAUAAAAAAUUAUCAUUUUUCAAUGUUCAAUCAUUUCAAUUCCUUACUUGGAGAAAUGUUCAAGAUGUUGUCAAUCUAAUUCAUGUGAACGAUUUAGAUAGAGAUCAAUUGUAUAGCGAAUUCAACGACAUUAAAUGUUUAUAUAAUGAUUUGAACAAGAAAAGUAUAAAAUUGAAUGAUCAAAUUAAAUCGUACAUAUUGAAUCAAAGAAUGAAUUCUUUUACAUCCAAAAUCAAUGAUUAUAUUGUUGUAUGUGAUGAAGACGAUGCUGAAAACAAUGAAGAAACCAUUUCGUCGCCCAACAAUCGAGAAGAAAAUUUAAUCAGAUCCGAUCAUUUAUGGGCGUAUUUGUUGAAUAUUAAUCCUAGUGGAACACCGAAUUUGAAAAAAGUCAUUUGUUAUAUCUUUUCAAUUCCUUGUUAA